CAAGGUCUGGCCACCAGCUCGGCUGGUGGAGCCUUCACGCCUGUGAAUGGAGCCAGCGCCGCUGAAACUUCCUGCCACACCGAGCAGAGAAUCAAACGGAAGACAGGCGCAUCCUUUUCUGGCCCUGGUCCCCGGCACACCCGCGUUAGGGGAAGGACCCAGAAGCCGGGUAUAUUUCGGAGGAUCCCAGAGCCUCUCCGAAAGCUGGCGGGAGACCCGUCCAGGCCCGACCCCACCCGGGAGAGGGUCCCCGCGCGCGCCCGUCCCAUCGCCCCCACUCCCAUCGCCCCCGGGCGGCCCUUACCUGUGGCGCAGAGCCGCAGGCCGGCGCUGCGUCUCCCAGCGGCCAUGCCUGCUCCAGGAGAGCCGCAAAAACCACGGAAAAGAGCGAGAAAAAAGCCGGCGGCCGCUACUUGCCCUCCCGGAAAGGGAAGCUGCCCGUGGGCGCGCAGAUGGGAAGCCCGGCGCAGAGGGCGGGGGCGGGGCAGGCCGGCCUCCGCCACCCUCCGCCACCCUCUCAGGACCCCUCCGGCCUCCGCCUCUGGGCAUGCGCACAAGUGCGGCGCAUGCGUGGAACUUGGGCGCUUGCGCAGUCGUGCCUUCAAAGUCCGUGUGCUUCCCGCUGCCUUCGGGAGCGUGGGAACCUCGCGAGUGGGCGGCUUCCUGCGGGGGCGGAGCGCCGUACGGCGUUGGGGGCGUUUCCGGAAGUUAGAUCCCCGCUAAAUUUAGAGGAAAGUGAGAUACCCUCCAAUGCGGCUGGAAGUUGAGUUCUGCCGGGGCUUUCGCUUGCAGCCUCUGUGCCGCGAGCGAUCGGGUUCGGGAGAAGAGUGAAUCUUGGAAGAGCACAUGAGAAAGAAUGAGGAAAUGAGAAAACACCUAACACAUCCAGAAAUCAGAGCCACCUUCCAAGAGCCAGGCUGAAUCAUCCUUCAAGUCCAGAGGAGGGGAAGCCAGCUCAAGGGGAACCAAUUCAGACUAAACAGACGUCCGAACACCUAAUUGGCAUAUUUGGCUUUUGGAGGAAUCAUAUCCCCCAUUUAAGGAGACCGACGGGCUCAAUCCAUUGAAAUCACCUAGGAAAAGUUCUUAUUUGAUUGGAAGCCUGAACACCUUCUUGGAAGGAGAGAAGCUGUAACCCAAGCUAUCCUGUUUGGAACUUACGUUACUGCUAUGAACUCAGUUGUGCAGCACCACACACACCACACCUACGCCACUGCCAAAUUCAAAUGUUGAAGCCCUAACGCCUACUUUGGUGGUGUUUGGAGAUGGGGCCAUUGGAAUGUAAUUGGAUUUUAAUGAGGUCAUGGAGGAUGGGGCCCCCAUGAUGGGAUUACUGCCCAUAUAAGACGUGAAAGAGAUCUGAGAGCUCUCUCUUCUGAUCCAUGUAUGAACACGGAAAGAAGGCAGCUAUCUAUAAGCCAGGAAGAUCCCAACCGUGCUGUCACCCUGAUCUCAGACUUUAAGCCUACCCAACUGUGAGAAAUUAAUGUCUCUUGUUUAAGCCAUCCACUCUGUGGUAUUUUGUUAUAACAACCUCAGCUGACCCAAGUAGGUGUUAAUGCUGAAAUGAUACUCAAAAUGUCAGCCACCUGCCUUCAUGCUGACUCACGUCUUUGGCAAAAGCCCAUAAUCAUAGUUAACAGUGACUAUUUAUCUGAUGCUACUCUCUGGUAUAUUUCUUUGAAAGACAGUUAUUAGCUAGUUGUCGGGCAUUUACUAAGACAGCCCCAUUAAGUGAAGGACAACAUUGUAUCAACUCCUCUUGUGAUGGGUAAGGUCAAAAAGCAUCCCAGCAAGGAGAGAAAGUCAAAAGAAGUUCCAUCAUAAAAUCAAAAUAUUCAAGAGGCAUUCCACCGUGGAGCACAACGGGACCCAACGUAUUCACGAGCAAGUAGCCUGUCUUCCGCUAGGGCCACUGAAGAGCUAACUGAAGACUUGUCUAUUGUUAUUACUGAUGCAUCUCAACUUCCACCAAUUUCUCAAGGACGUAUGGGAACUGACCUGAUUCACAGAUGGCGGUUCCAGAAGGGCGCGUCAUGGCUCCAUGGGGAAAGCAGCUGUUCUGUGGCCAGCAGCUGGUCAAGUCCUCAUGGAAGGAAGCAAAGCAAGUGAGCAGCCCGGGGGACUGAGUUAAGGUCCUGUUCCUCACAAACAAAAUCCCACACUUGGGCACGUGCGGCACUUGGACUGUAGUUCAUGACUUGCUGUUUGGUCUGGUUAGUGGGCCCUCGGUAACUAGAUGGUAAAGAGACCCCUGUGUCAGUCAGGUACCACUCUGUGGAAAUCACUGUGGCAAUUCUGAGUGCAAAUCAAAGUAGAGCCAAGUCACACUUCUCCAAGAACUCCUCGUUUCUGUACAUGACUGGGAUCAAAUUGAUACUUGCUUCGGUUCUGUCUCGUGAAGUGACUAAAUGGGGCCAUGUAAGGACAUACUGGAAUUCCAGCCAUGAAGCUAGGCGGAUACCACUGGUCUCAGCUGAAGCUCCAGUCUUUAGUGCUGUUCACAACAGGAAAGGCAACAUUGGUAGUUGUUUCUGGGAAGUAUUCCUAAGAGAGAAGGACCUGCACAUAGCGUGCUUUCCCUAUUCCUUCCAGAGGACUGGAAUGGAAUGUAGGGGCAUGAGACAUAUUCUUGGUUUGGCUCUGUAUACUUACUUGCUACUACUACCUGAGGGUUGAACGACAGAAGCAAAACUAUUCAGCCAGUUUGGUCCUUCCAGUUACAGUCUUAAGGUCAAGAUAGAGCUUUACCCGUUGCACCGACACUAUGUUGCAGCCGUGCUACUGUGUUAUCCCCCAGGCUUAGGUGCAGCCGGUAUGGCUUGGAGUAGGCAGACCAACCUCGCCUCUUGCCUCCUGCCUUGAGCAGCCUCAUUAAUUUACAUCAAAGGGUCUUAAAAACAUAAUGAACUUCUAUGGGCUUAACUAUGCUCAAAGAGUUGGGAAAUACUAGGAUACGUAAUAAGGAUCAAUAACUUAGAUCAAACAUAGUUGUUUCCUUUUGAAGAUAUAUUUAUUUAUGAGAGAGAAAGAGAAACUACAGAGGGGAGAGGGAAAGAGAAACUCA